AUGAAUAUCAUAAAGACUGGAAUUAAACAAUCUCUUGUAUCGGGUAUUUAUAGUAAAGUUGGAAUUAGAGCAUUUUGUACCCAUUAUUCAGCAGAAUUAGAAUGGGUUAAAUUAUCAGAUGACAAUAAGGUUGCAACUGUUGGGUUAUCUUCUUUUGGUGCUCAAAGAUUGGGAAAAAUUAACUAUGUAGAGCUACCAAAAGAACAUAGAAAAUGUAGAAGAGAAGAAAAGUUUGGAGUACUAGAAAGUUCUAAUGCAACUGCUUUCGGUUUGUAUGCCCCAGUUUCUGGUGAAGUUUUAGAAGUAAAUGAAAAAUUGAAAAAAUCACCAUCCUUGUUAAAUGAAGACCCAGCAAAUAAUUGGAUGGUUAAAUUUAAGGUUUCUAAGCCUGAUGAAUUUAAAAAAUUAAUGGAUUCAAAUAAAUAUAAAAAAUUUGUGCAAUGGUAUAGAUAA